ACAGUAAACACACCCAAACAAAACCCUCUCUCUCCCUUUUGCUCUGUGAAUUUUGGAGUUCUGGGGGCUUCGAUCUGCCGCUGUUGCAGGUGGGUUUUGGUGGAAUCGACAUGUUUUUGCUCGAUUGGUUUUAUGGGGUUCUUGCUUCGCUAGGGUUGUGGCAGAAGGAGGCCAAGAUCUUGUUUUUGGGACUCGAUAAUGCUGGCAAGACCACCUUGCUUCAUAUGCUCAAAGAUGAGAGAUUAGUUCAACACCAGCCUACGCAGUAUCCAACUUCUGAGGAGUUGAGUAUUGGAAAAAUCAAAUUCAAAGCUUUUGAUUUGGGUGGACAUCAGAUUGCACGUAGAGUGUGGAAAGAUUAUUAUGCCAAGGUGGAUGCGGUUGUUUACUUGGUAGAUGCAUUUGACAAGGAGAGAUUCGCUGAGUCUAAAAAAGAGCUCGAUGCUCUCCUCUCGGAUGAGGCAUUGGCCAACGUUCCAUUUCUAAUUUUGGGAAACAAAAUCGACAUACCAUAUGCUGCCUCAGAAGAUGAGUUGCGCUACCACCUAGGCCUGACCAACUUCACCACUGGCAAGGGUAAAGUAAACUUGGCAGAUUCAAAUGUCCGCCCCCUUGAGGUAUUCAUGUGCAGUAUUGUUCGGAAAAUGGGUUAUGGAGAUGGUUUCAAGUGGCUUUCUCAGUAUAUUAAGUAGGAUGCACUAGGAAGUAAAGAUUUGGUUUAUAGCUUUCGAUUGUCAUUUCCCUAUUAAACCUAGCUGUUAUUGUUGAAGAUAUUUUACUUUUCAUCUUGUCAAGAAAUGACAAAAACAUACACCAUUCCCAUGAUUUGAUGAGCAAAAAUGUGUAUUGAUUUGUUGUGAUUGGUAA